AUGGCAGUCAAAACCAAGCUGGACCUGACGAGCGCCUACGUCCAAACCAUUGAUGGCAAAGCCUCCCCCACCGAGAACACACGGAAUGGGAUUAACCCCGCUAAUCUCCAGGCUCUUCCCAAAGUUCCCGUUGCGACACCGGAGGACCUUGACCGUGCAGUGCUCGCCGGAAAGAAAGCGUUCAAAUCUUGGUCCAAGGUGCCCCUAGAAGAGCGCCGGAAAGCUCUUCACGCUUACGCAGAUGCGAUAGAAGCUGUGCACAGUGAAUUCCGUGACCUUCUCGUGGCGGAGGGUGGAAAGCCGUUGGAUCCAGCGGCGGGCGAGAUCACAUUCGCUAUUCAAUGGAUUCGCGGGAUUAUCGACAUUCCCGUCGCGGAAGAGACAAUUAUCGAAGAGAACGACGAGCGUUCCAUUGUUCAGCGCCUCACGCCGAUUGGUGUAGUAGGAGCAAUUGUUCCCUGGAACUUCCCUGCUAUGCUUCUUACUGCCAAGCUGGCACCAGCUCUUCUCACCGGCAAUGUCAUUAUCAUUAAGCCAUCGCCCUUCACACCUUAUUGUGGAUUGAAACUUGUUGAACUGGCGCAGCAAUUCUUCCCUCCCGGUGUUGUUCAAUCUUUGAGUGGAGGUGACGAACUGGGACCCUGGAUCACAAGCCAUCCAGGCAUUGACAAGAUCAGCUUCACUGGCUCAACCCAUACUGGAAAGCUGGUUCACUCAAGCGCCAGCAAAACACUUAAGCGAGUCACUCUUGAAUUGGGUGGGAAUGACCCGGCCAUCGUUCUUCCUGAUGUUGACAUAGACGUUACUGCCAAAGAGGUUGCUUUCUACUCUUUCCUCAAUACUGGCCAGAUCUGCCUCAACAUCAAGCGUAUCUAUGUUCACGAGUCCAUCUUUGAUGAGUUCAGAGAUGCGGUCGUAAAGCAUGUUAAGACCUACGUGGUCGGUGAUGGCGCCGACCCCAAAACCACACACGGCCCCCUUCAGAAUGCAAUGCAGUACGAGCGUGUUAAAACUUUCUUUAGUGAUAUCAAGAAAGAAGGGUGGAACGUUGCCGUCGGUGGCAAAGUGCAGCCCUCAAAAGGCUAUUUUAUCCCUCCGACCCUGAUUGACCGACCUCCCGAGAAGUCUCGUCUGGUCGUGGAAGAACCUUUUGGACCAAUCGUCCCUAUUCUCUCUUGGAAGACAGAAGAAGAGGUUAUCGAGCGUGCCAACGACACGAAUGUUGGUCUUGGUGGCUCUGUCUGGUCAAAGGAUGUGGAGAAGGCAGAACGUCUUGGUCGGGAGCUCCAGGUCGGAACUGUCUGGGUCAACACCCAUUUUGCUCUUGCUCCUAUUUCUCCCUUCGGAGGCCACAAGGAGAGUGGUAUUGGUAUCGAAUGGGGUUUGAGUGGCAUUAAGGGGUUCACAAACUCCCAGACUGUCUGGCGAAGCAAGAAACUUCCUUAA